AUGGUCUCAGAGGCAAAUAAAGGAGUCUACGGCGUUGAUGGAAUUCGAAGUGGUAAUGAGCCUAGAACUGGCGGUCAGCGAAAGGGUGUAGUUUUCGAUUUUAUACAGAGGCAGCUCCAGACCCUCUCUUCUGAGUGGUCGCACACACGGUUAGGAAUUGAUCUCGGGACGUUCGGUCAUCUGAGGUUCAACCAAAAGUAUGAUGCAUCCUGGAACUCUAUCUACCAACUGUACGCUUGUCUACACUCGUAUCGUCUCUCUGAUGACCUGUUGUUGAAACAAUUUGCGGAAAGGGUGACGGAUAUAUUUCGGCACAAGUUAAAUGAGAGUGGACUUUUAUUGUGUUUGCCGGAAGUGAUAAUAGAUAUACUGACGGGACAGACAAUUGCAGCUGAGCGUAAGGCGGAGGAUGGCUUCGAUGAAGAUAAUGAGUGGGAGCUGCAGUAUAUCUUUUUCACGUUCCAGAUUUACUUGGGUAAGAAGGAAGGUCUCGAGCCGGACCAGCUGGCGCCACAUGUCGCUCAACUAGAGCGGUUCUAUUACAGACAUCUGAAAGGGGCGUUGGACGGACGCCAAAUGGAUGAUCCAAGAGGGUUGGACCCCAUGCGGUUCGGAGCGAGUUCGGGAAUUCAUUUCAAGGUUGGCUCUUGGGGAGCUAAUUCCCCUGUAAACUCCCCAAGAAAUUCCCCUACGAACUCGCCAACUAACUCCCCAGCUAACUCGCCAGUAAAUGCUCGAGGUAGAUCAAUUUUACCUGACCCGGUUACCUACCUACUCGUGGGGCAUGAUGAGGCUAAGGUCAAGCAUACUUUCAAGCGGGACUGGAACCGAUACAAAUGGGAACGUAGCUCCGUAACCAUUUUGAACUAUCCCCACAAGAACAAGAAAAACUUAUCCAAGAGUGAUUACAGGUUCCAAGCUAACUCAGGCUCUGGAGAAUUCGGUGUACAAAACCAUGAUGCUGGAUUUUCCGGCGUCGGAUACCCAGGCAAUGCUGCGGCUUAUGGCGGUACUGAUGAGGCUGAAUUCCUCCCGUCCAAAAACAAUUCUGGACGCAAGGCGCAAAAUGAGCAACUAUCCGUACUCAGCUUAUAUGACGUGGCUAUGAAUUGUUGUAAGCUUGGCUACUACUUUAUCUUUAACAAAGUCGCAGAUGUGCAGCUGAUGUUUUGUCCCGGUUACGACGUAUACUUGCAUGAUCUGAUGCGUUUGAUUGUGACUGAGAAUCUUGUCACCGAGCCUAAAGACAGCAAUCGUAAGCGCACUAUACCUCAGAGUGUUACGCCCCCUCAAACUAUGCUUAAGAAUCCUGGCUUCAUGUCCCAAGUUUUACGGCGAUACUUGAUUUUGAGAGACGAUCAUAAUGUAGUUAGCAGUGACGCUACCUUACUUGCCAAAGAAUUAGGUUUAAGCUCAGGAGCAGGAGAUACCGGAACGAUGUCUAUAAAUGGAACAAUUGUUGACGAGACAGCGGCCAGAUACAUUGAAUUUACGGGUGAAGGCGGGGUUUUCAGCGACCGAGUAAAUACUGGUGACGGUCUCUUUUACUCCGUUUUACUCUCUUUCUUAUGCGGAGAGACAGCGACAACGAGCAAGUUGGUUAAUGAAUAUCGUGUGCACACGAAUUUUCCUAAGCGUAUCGAGCGCGAUUCUGACACGAUAGCCUCGUUUGAAUACAUUGGGAUAGUUCCCAUAUGUCCUUGGGCAACGAAUCAUCGUCGGCGGGGCUCUGCCAGCGCUACGGAAGCAAAGCCGCCCAGGUGGCCGAAUUCGCCCUCCCAUUCAGGUCCGCUGAAGGGUUUGAUGCAAUCCGCGUUUGGUGUUCCUCCUAAAAGAGUGCCUGCGGAUGUUCAACAAUGCGCUGACAACGGUCAAAGGAAGGUAAUUCCUUACAGAGCGCACAUCGAGCAUGUACAGCCGAGUGGUUGGAAGGUUAUUCUCUUGAUAGCAUUGUUCCUUUACAUAUCGGAAGUUCACGAUCGAUAUGCAGGUAGCGAUAGCCUUGAGGGUCAUGACAUUCGUGGCCAUGAUGUCGGGAGUGGUUUUCUGGCUUUGGGUGGUUCAAGAACUGCUCCAGAUAUAUUUAAGAUAGUGAACGGUCAGGAUGAGUUGUAUAUAUUACUGCGUCGAUGGAUCAAUGCUGAGAGGAAUCAGAUAGUCAAGAACAUUUUGAAUUUGAUUAAUACGUUGUAUCUGAUAUCCCGGAAGGAUUUCGAGGCUGCAACUCCGAGUUCAUUACAAUUGAAGGAUUCGUAUCUUCCUGCUCUUGAUGGGCUUUUGCUUUAUUGGUUUAAUACGGCGGUGUUAUGUAAGAGGCCGAAAGGUUUUUGUUCGUGUCCAUAUAACGGAUUAACCUUAUGGCCCGACAACGGAGGUGUCGACUACAGCUAUCGACUUGGUAGUUACAAUGGUCCGGGUAAUUACAAAGGCUCGAAGGUUGUAAGAGACUCCGCAGAGAAGUUUGAAGUACAAUGCAGGAGUAACUUUCCUUUGAUGGCCUGGCUUUGCCGCAUUAAAGUUAUUUUGAUCGGUCGCCAGCUGCAGUGUAUGUUAAAAGAAAUUGAGAAGGAUGAGUUUGGUAUAUCACUUAUGCCAGUAGAUCGGAGGGUUGUACCGGAUCAUCGCGUUCCAUUGGACCAGAGGGGUCGUGCUAUCGACCUUGGGGUACAGAAGUUCGAGCUGCUGGGUGAAGAGUAUAUAAAUCUGAAAGCACAGAAUAUUGACGAGGAUGUAUUCGACUUAGAUCUAUGGUUCCGAUGCUUGAUUUACUUGUCCAAGACGGCCGAGUCUAAAUCUCUGUUCAAGAAGUAUGAAAAAAAACUAUGCAACGAUACCAAGUUCUUGCAUGCGUUCCGCAAUGGUCAAUUAUCGACUUGUUUGCAGUUACAAGGUUAUGACCUUUCUUCCAUAAAUCCUGUUGGAAAUAAUCGUUCUAUUGGAUGCAAGGGUUUAAGGAUAAAAGAAUUACUUGUUGACCUGUUUAAUUAUCUGAAUCGCGAUGAGGAUCUGAUAGUACUUUGUAAUGAUAUUCUAUCACGAUAUCCGCAACAUAUUAAGGCACAUUUCUUGGCAGCCGAUUCAUACCUUAAACUUAACCAAGCCUCCCUCGCUGAGAAACAUUACUAUGCCGCAAUUUCUCAACUUAACUCUUUAAGAGCAAC